AUGGGCGCCCCCUCGGCCAGAUCGCCCAGCCCGGGCCGGCAGAGGUCCACGGGGGCCCCCGCCACGGCUACGGCCACGACCCCCAGCUCUGCAGCCCGGAAGGAUCCGAGUGCGGAUCAGCAGCUGAUGGUAGCUCUCCGUAUCCGUCCCAUCAAUGAAGCUGAGCUGGAGGAAGGUGCAGCUAUCAUUGCUCACAGGCUGGGGGACCAGAUGGUGAUUCUGAUGGACCCAACUGAAGACCCAGAUGACGUCUUGCGGGCCAACCGGUCCCGGGAAAAGAUGUUCAUAUUUGACAUGGUGUUUGGCCACAGAGCUACUCAGGAGGAAGUGUAUGCAUCCACAACAAAGAAUCUCAUAGAAGGUGUCAUAUCCGGAUACAAUGCAACUGUUUUUGCAUAUGGUCCUACAGGUGCUGGGAAAACCUACACAAUGCUGGGGACGGGUGCCGAUCCUGGCAUCUACAUCCGCAUGCUCAACGACCUUUUUCGAGCCAUUGAAGCCACCAGUGGGGACAUGAAUUACUCUGUCUGCAUGUCUUACCUGGAGAUUUAUAAUGAAGUGAUCCGUGACCUUCUGAACCCAUCUUCGGGGUUUCUUGAACUGAGGGAAGACUCAAAGGGCAGCAUUCAGAUUGCAGGAAUCACAGAAGUCUCCACCACCAAUGCACCGGAGAUCAUGCACCUCUUAACCAAAGGGAACAAGGAGCGCACCCAGGAGCCCACGGCGGCCAACAAGACCUCUUCGCGGUCCCACGCGGUCCUGCAAGUGACAGUGAAACAGACCAGCCGGGUGAAGGAUAUUAACGAGGAAGUGAGAGUGGGGAGGCUCUUCAUGGUGGACCUGGCUGGGUCUGAAAGAGCAGCUCAGACGCAGAAUCGUGGCAAGAGAAUGAAAGAAGGAGCCCAUAUCAACCGGUCACUGCUGGCUCUCGGGAACUGCAUCAACGCGCUGAGUGAGAAGGGAAGCAGCCGAGCGCAAUACGUCAAUUUCCGAGACAGCAAACUCACACGCUUGUUAAAGGACUCCUUGGGAGGAAACAGCAGGACGGUUAUGAUUGCUCACAUCAGCCCAGCCAGCACUUACUUUGAAGAAUCUCGGACGACUCUGAUUUAUGCGUAUCGAGCAAAAAACAUCAAGACCAGGGUAAAGCGCAACCUUCUCAACGUCUCCUACCACAUUGCUCAGUACACCAGCAUCAUUUCAGAUCUGCGCAGGGAGAUUGAAUGCUUGAAGGCAAAGAUUGAAAAUCAGGAAAAGGAGAAAGAGUGCCUCAGUUCUGGUGCUAAAGACAUACAAGGCAGAGCAGAAACUCACCAAGACGCCGAGGAAUACGGCCGUCAAGAGAUGAGCCGGCUGCGGAAGCAGCUGAUUGGUGCUUUCAAGGAACAAAUGGACAUGCGGCACAGUCUCAUGGAGCUGGAGAACACCAACAUGGAGCUGCAUGUGGACACCUCCAGGCAUCUGCUGACUAUUGCAGACUGGGAACGAGAAAAGGCUCACCAGGCAAGCAAGUAUCCCAGCAAGCAGGCUGUGGGUGAGAAGGAAGAGGAAGCCAUGGAGGAGGCGGAGAGAGAAGAUUCCCCAGAACCUCACGAGGUGGUCUUGGCCAGAGAGGAGAUCCACAUGCUGCUGGCAGAGCAGCGGAAAACAGCUGCCUUAAAGGCGGAGCUGGAGCGGCGUCUGGCUACUGCCAAGAAGAAAGCAUCCCAAAUGGAGAAGCUCGUGCCCAGGCAAGCCACCAGCGAGGACCAGCGGGAAGUGCUGAGGCUCCUGUGCAAGGCGCAUGAGCUGGAGGUGGGGAACACGUCGCUGCAGGCCAAGGCCUUGUACCGGGGGAACCUGCUGUGCCAGAAGGAUUUUGUCAUCCAGCGUCACCAGCAGCACCGGGGCCUCUGCAAAGAGAUCAUCCAGCAGCAGUGGACGCUGAUCAGGGACCACAAUAUCCCCGUCCCCAUACCACUUGGGAAACUGUACCACCUCUAUUUCCGGGAGGAAGGGAGCCUGGACCGUCAGCUUCUGCUUCACUCGCUGAUGUCCAAUGCACACCAGGACGGUGCAGUUCUUGACAAUGUUCACCAGCUGGAGCCAAAUAAAGAAGAGAAUCAGAAAGGAUCCCUUGACCCCAAGAAAGAUGUCUUCGGGGGAUCAAAAUUUGAGCUUCCUCCUAUCAUUGUAGAAUCGGACAGUGACAGAUCUUGCAAGAAUACUCCAGCCCGGAGAAAGGAGACCUGUGACUGGAAUCCGAGCCCAACUCUGUUGGACUUGCUGAGAACACCCAUUCGCCAGCAGAAGGUACCCGGCAUUCCUUCGAGAGCUACCUCCUCCAAGCUGCGUUCUCCAUCCUCCCGUGAUUCCAGGCGGAAGAAGUCCAAUGCGGACGUCCCUGGUAGCCCGCUGAACCGGGAAGCGUUGAAGGAGAUCGCCAACAGCACCAAACGGAUCGCUCUCAUUGCCGCUAGACGCCGCUCCCGAGCCCAGGACAGAGAGCUCAGCAGCGAGCGUUCGUCAGUCCACUGCUUUGAGGAGGAGAGGCUGGAGCUGAAGAGCCCGCUGCCCAGCCUCAGUCCAGACCAUGGCUCAAAGGACACGGAGAGCGUGGGCAGCUGUGGGGCGGAACUUCUGAGAAAGGAACCGGCCUCCGAAGCGAAGCACCGGACCCCUUCCAGCCACCCAGAGCCUGCACCUGAAAGCCAGCUGCCCAAAAUCAAGUUGCCCGAUGUCCUCAUGAACAACCCGACCCACGUCCUCCCAGCUGUGAUGAAAAUAAAAUUCCCUGUUGGCCACCAAACAGACUAA